AUGUACAGCUUGCUAAAAGCGUGUCUUUUAUUUACCACCUUACAAAAGGCGAAGUUGUGUGAAUGCACAAGCGAAGCUGUGUUUCGCAAACAUGUUGGAAAAUACUUGGCGGGUAAAGUUUUACGGACAGAGAAAGCCCAAAGCGAGUCAGAAUGUGGCAUGUAUUGCCUACGCCAUCGGUCGUGUUUGUCCGUGAAUUAUAAGACUGCGGGAGUUCACAAAGGAAAAUGCGAGCUCAACAACGCUGUGGUAAAAGAUCUAUCGAAAAAAAAGCGUUACUCUGACGACGUGUAUCUCGAAAAGGUAUGGCUGGACGACAAAAAAGAGGAACAAAGCGCCUUUGCUCCAUCUUGCAAGGAAAUGUUUGUCAGGGAUGGAUCAUUGCCUGACGGUGUCUACACUUUGCAGAAGAAUCAAUCCUCACCACCAUAUAAGGUAUAUUGUCACAUGACAGAUAUCCCAGGAUGUGGAGGUGGAGGUUGGACACUAGUGAUGAAACUUGAUGGAAAAAAGAGUACAUUUAUCUAUGGUUCUCCCCUGUGGACGAACAAGGAGACACACGCGAUACAAGAUGGUCUGGAAGGACUGACAGAGAAAGAAAGCAAGUUGGCUUCGUAUUGGAAUACUCCGUUCACAAAGACAUGCCUGGGCAUGUCGCACAACGGAGACAGAAAAUGGAUGACCUUCGACUACACCGCAAGUUCGCUGUACAGUGUGAUCGCAGAUGGCCAAUUUAGGGCAACGCCCGCUGGCCGAACUGCAUGGUUAUCCUGGAUUGCAGACUUUUCGGUACAACCAAACUGUAACGUGGAGGGCUUUAAUGUUAGGGAAAAUAUUGAAUUGCGAAUUGGACUCGUUGGCAACAAUGAAAAUGACUGUCGCACCUGCGAUACUUGGAUUGGAAUGGGCACUACUCAUAAUAGAAUGGUUUGUUCUGCAAAUGGCUGGAUUCGCGGUGGAGGACGGCAAACGUUGAAAACCUUUGGGUAUAUUCUUGUUCAGUAACACUCUUAUAAUGUCAUAACAGUCCGGUAACUUACACUGGACCAUAACCCUAUUAAACUAAGUUAAAAACUAGGAGAAUUGCCAAUAUUGCUGGUAAAAGCAACCUAAAGUUAGUGAAAUUUGAAGGUUUACUUGCGAAAUAUCGAAAAACCUAAUUUUGCCGUUUAAUUUUGGCAAAUUUCAUUAAUUUCAGGCGUUGAAUAGCGUGAUAUCAUGCAAGGUCGAAUACUGUUAAUUGUUGUCUAGUUCUUGCGUCCAAAAAAAAUUAAAAACACCGCCUCAAUGUGUUUAAUAUCGCACUGCACUUCCUUCAAUAAAGUGUCGGAAUAUCGAAAAGAAUUUCAUUCGGAAUUCGAAAGGUUAUAAUUAUAUAAUCUUAAAAUGUUCUCGCCGGGUCAUAGCUACGAA